AUGGGCUUGUCAAGGUCUAUACUGGGCGUUGUAGCCCUAGCUCUUGGAUUCUCCGAGGGGGUUUUAUGCCUAGCGCCGAGAAAUAAUUCGUCUCCUGACCUCAGCAGACUUCCGACGUUUGCAUCAAAACCGAGGGUCUUUAUCCUGUCAGAUAUUUUGGCCGAGGUUGACGACACUGAGUCCUUCGUCCGGUAUCUUCUGUAUUCAAAUGAAUUCGAGACCCGCGGAUUAUGUGCGUCUACGUCGGUGUGGUUGCAAAAUAUCACGCACCCAGAAGCGAUAAAGCAGAUCGUCGAGGCGUACGGAGAGGUCGUGGAUAACCUGAACAGUCAUGUCAGCCCCGAGGCCCAGUAUCAGAAUGCGAGCACCAUGCUGAGCCUGGUCACAUCUGGUCCCGCAGUCUUCGGAAAGGAGGCACUAUCCAUCGCACCGAGCGAAGGUGCCUUGCUCCUGGUCCAGCGCUUGGAAGAGUCAGAGGAGCCGUUGUGGAUUCCUACAUGGGGAGGCAUCAACACACUCGCUCAAGCAUUGCAGUACAUCCAGGACAACUACUCUGCAGACGAUGCUGCGGCAUUACGCUCGCGCCUGAGAGUGUACGCGAUUUCCGACCAGGACGACAGCGGGCCUUGGAUUCGCGCCAACUUCCCCGACGUAUUCUACAUCGUGUCAGUUCACGCAUGGAACUCAUACUACGCGUCGACAUGGUUGGGAAUAUCCGCCAAUUUGGCUGGAACCAACGUGACUAAGGUGUCUAAGCCUUGGCUGGCAGAGAAUAUCAAGAUUGGUGGAGCUCUUUCGGAGCAGUAUCCUCUACCCCUGUACACCAUGGAGGGAGAUUCACCCAGCUUCCUGUACCUGAUCCAAAACGGCCUCGGACACCCCGAGUUCCCGAACUGGGGCAGCUGGGGAGGAAGAUACGGUUAUGUCGUCCCAGGAUCCAAGCAGUACUCGGACACCGUCGACCAGGCCGUAGGUGUCGACGGAGUGUCCUACGUGAACAACAAAGCCAGCGUCUACCGCUGGAGGGAUCACUUCCAAAAUGACUUUGCAGCCCGCAUGCAGUGGACUGUGACUUCAGACUUCUGGAACGCGAGCCAUCCGCCUGUGCCCGUCGUGAACGGCACUCAGGGCCCAGACCUCCUCAACAUCACAGUGGCUGCUGGGCAAACAGUUGUCCUUGAUGCCAGCGAAUCUUAUGAUCCGGAUCAUCCUGAUACCGUUGAGAACCUGCAGUUUGAGUGGUACCACUAUGCUGAGCCCACAGAGUACGUGACCAGCCCGAACGGUCUGACUCAUCUGAAUCUCACUGCCCUGUCGCCACCCGAGGGCACCAAUGGCACACUUUCAUACAACGAUGCUGGGUUCGAGGGCGUGGUUAUCGGCAAGACUGUGGGAGUCGAGGUACCAGGUGACACGACUGGGCUGGGGUACCACAUCAUUUUGCAGGUGACAAGCCUUACUGCACCGCUGCCACUCAGGAGAUACCUGCGUGUUAUUCUCAAUGUGGAGGCAUGA